CAACAGCAGCUGUAAUACAGCCAUGAUGUAAACGGCGUAUUUACGUGUGUGUUUGCUUUUUCGUGAAAGUAACACAUCGCGUUUUAUUGUCGUGAAAUUUAACACGUGACUGUUUUAAAUCACGAAUUAUUAAUGGAAGAGCCAGAGGAAAAGAGAAUUCGAAUUGAAUUGCCUCUCGAAGUCGAUAUUUAUGAGGAAAGUUACGAGCAAAAAUAUGAGCAAAAAUAUGAGCAAACUUACGAGGAUCCACUUGGUUCUAAUGUCUGCUUAACUUACGAUAUUUUAAGAAUUGUUUUUCGAUAUUUAAAUGGCAGGGACCUGUCGAGCGUUGCAAUGGUUUGCAGAUCUUGGUUAGAAGCUGCAAAUAAUGAAAAAUGCUUAAGAGGACCUUAUUGCUUUAUAGAACAUUACAAGCCGGUGGAUAUUUGUGCCUCACAUGAAAAAAGAUUGGCACAAAGUUUAGACUAUAUCAAAGAGUCAACCAUUAAACCAUCUAUAGGAUUUUUUUUUCUAUCCUUGGAGACACCACAUGAUAUAAAAAGUCGUAUCUGUGAAUUACUUCCCAAAAAUUGUGAGGCCAUAAUGCUAUUUACACAUAGUAUUAUUCUGAAUAAUAAUGAGAUGGAACAUCCAUAUCCAAAUAUGGUGUGUGCACUUUUACCACAAAUCCCGAACGUCAAGAUAAGUGUGGUUAAAGUAACAGACAGAGCAUUGGGAGGAGAUAAAUAUACAGAAUAUAUGCAGAUGAUUGAAGAAGCAUCCAGACAAGAUGAUGAGUCUACGUGUUUAAUGUUAUUUUGCAAUCGUUAUGGUCAUAGUAUGGGAUCGUAUAUGGCUUCACUUGCACGACUAAGUAAUGAUGAAAGAAUAAUUUCUUUGUGGGGUGGUGUGGUAGAGGAAAUGCAAUAUGUACACAUUAAUAAUGAAAGAUUCAUCGAAGAAGAAAGUAAUGUUGCUAAACCAUAUUGUGUUGCUCUUUUGCUUACUGGUUCUAUACAGACGUGGUCUAUAGUUGUGAACAGGAAAUGCAAAACAAAGGAGCAAGUCGAAGAAAAGUUAAAAUUAUUCAAGCAGCAAGUAAAAUUACAGAAACAUUCUGUGGGCUUUAUGUUUGCUUGUGUAGCACGCGGAAAAUAUAUGUAUCACGAGGAAAAUGUGGAGUCAACAAUAUUCAAAAGAUUAUUUCCCGAAGUACCUCUAGUAGGCUGCUUCGGCAAUGGCGAGUUUGGAAAAGAUUCUACCGUUUACAAUCCAGAACUUUCUGUGCUGCAGUACAGAAAGAAAUUUAAGAAUGUUUCGAAAAAUCUAUAUCCCUUAUGUCAAAGAAAUUACAGCACGCGCCGACACAAAUCACCGUGGCAUAAUGAAUUUUCCACUAUGUUUAUGAUACUUACUUAUGGUUGAUGUGUCGAGAGAAGACACUGGCCGUUGGCGCUAUGAACAUUCUUUGUUAUUUGCGCAUUGUUAGAUUUACCUCACAUGAAUGUUACAUUCAUCGGCCUUUCAUUUAAGAUGUACGUAAACAAUAGCAUUAACAUUUACAAAGUAAAAACAUAUAACAUAACGAACGUCGUAGCAAUAUAUAUAUAUAUAUAUA